CAAGCUAACACGUGUAGUCUACCAGUGUGGGGAGAAAAAGGCAGGUCACUAUGCCUCAUUCUAUUACUGUCAGAGCUCUCUCAGAUGCUCGCCUUGAAUCAGGCAUAGACCGCCCAGUGUUUGCUUUUGUCAGAAAGGUCGCCUUGUCCAGUCAUGCCGUGGUUAACUGCCGUCACUCCACGCCGACCGGCACGCCACCCGAAGGGAUCGCCGAGGGUGGGCAUCGAUUUGCUACUAGUCUUCUUGCCAGGGUUGUGUUGAGAUGAACGGCCUGGCAUCGUCACAUUGGAGACUACUUUACUUCUGAAUACCAGGUCGACUAAAGUACAUACUCCAUUGCCAUUAUAAAAGAAGCCAUUGAGUCCCAACACAUCGGGAUAGCGAAUCGCCAGCCUCGAAUGGACCUUGGAAUUUGUCCUAUCCAACGCCCAUUCGCCGACAUGAAGUCCCUAAACCUUUCUGCGAUGCUGCUGGUGCCGGCGGCCCAGUACGUCAUGAGCGCUUUCGCAGACGACUGCAGCGCCCUCGCCAACAACUUGAAGUUGCCAAACACCACCGUCUGGUUUUCCACUCCUGUCUCUGCCGGAACCAACAUUACCUUCCCAGAGAACCACCCGACUUGCACCCGCCCUGGGCAGGUCGUCGAGGUCGACAUUUGCCGUGUGUCCAUGUUGACCACCACUGGACCCAUCAGCAACGUCAGUAUCGAGGCCUGGCUCCCUUCCAACUGGACCGGCCGGUUCUUGAGCACCGGCAACGGAGGCACUGGAGGUUGUAUCCAAUAUGAAGAUAUCGCCUACGCCGUCUCCCGAGGCUUCGCUGCAGUCGGCGCCAACAACGGACACAACGGCACCAUUGGCUCGCCCUUCCUCAACAACCCCGGCACCAUUGAGGACUUUGCCUACCGAUCCCUCCACACCGGCGUCGUAAUUGGCAAGGAGACGACCAAGGCACUCUACGGCAAGGAGCACACCAAGUCGUACUACCUUGGCUGCUCGACUGGCGGCAGGCAGGGCUUCAAAGAAGCCCAGGACUUCCCCGACGACUUUGAUGGUAUCGUGGCCGGUGCGCCCGCCUUCGCCUUCAACAACCUGACAUCCUGGAGCGGUCACUUCUUCACCGCCACCGGCACCUCUGACAAGCCGACUUUCCUGUCGGCUGAUCUCUGGACUCUCGUCUACAAGGACCUUCUCAACCAGUGCGACGGUCUCGACGGCCACGUCGACGGCAUCAUCGAGGAUCCUGAUCUGUGCCAGUACCGCCCCGAGUCUCUCAUCUGCGGCGCCAACCAGACGGCAAACUGCUUGACCGGCGUGCAAGCCCAGACGGUCCGCACCGUCUUUUCGGACCUGUACGGCCAAGAUGGAACUCUCGUCUACCCCCGCCUCCAGCCCGGUGGCCAGCCCACCCAGAUUCUGCUCGCCGGCCGCGCGUUCCCCUAUACCACGGAUUGGUUCCAGAACGUCAUCUACAACGACACGACCUGGGACCCGGCCACCAUCGGCCCCAAGGACUACGCCGCCGCCGCCGCCCAGAACCCCGGUGGCAUCGAGACCUGGAAGGGCGACCUCUCCGGCGUCAAGGACCGCGGCACCAAGGUGCUGCACUACCACGGCCUCCAGGACCCAAUCAUCAGCAGCGACAACAGCGCGCGCUACUACAACCACGUCUCGCGCACCAUGGGCCUCACGUCCGCGCAGCUCGACGACUUCUACCGGUACUUCCGCAUCUCGGGCAUGAACCACUGCAGCGGCGGUCCCGGCGCCAGCUUCAUCGGCAACAAGGAGUCUGCCGUUGCCGGGUUCGAGCCUGAGCGCAAUGUUCUAUCGGCCAUUGUUCGGUGGGUUGAGGAGGGCGUCGCGCCGGAUUCGAUCCUCGGCACUGCUUUUGUCAAUGGUACGCAGGGCGGCCAGGUUGCUUUCACGAGGAAGCACUGCAAGUACCCCACGCGUAACGUGUACAAGUCCGGAGACCCAAACUCUCCUGAUAGCUGGACUUGUGUAUAAUGUCUCUUUCUUGGGUUUCGUCUGCUUCUGAUGUACAUAUUGUCCACAGCAC